GACAGUACUUUUUAUUUAGUAAAACGCCCAGUGGCCUGUUUUCUAAAAGCACGGUAGCUAGUUACUGCUUUACUGGGAAUGAAACUUCUAAAGAAGCUGUGGUUGCUAGGAUGUCAAUGUGGGAAGGGAAGGAGAAUCCCGCCCUUUCACCAAAGAAAGGUCUCCUUGGGGUAGACAAGGUCCAGUGUUAUGAAAAGGUCGGGCGAGGAACUAUAAAAUCAGUUUGUGCAACUACUGCAUCAUAGCCUGAGUGGUGCGUGGAAAAGGACUGAUGUACCUCUCUCCAUCGCAAAUGCACAUCCUCAGGUAGAUGACGCCUUUCCUGGCAGGUGGGAAAACUUUCCUCACAAGAACUGUCCCUUGAAUGAGGACGAAUUAAUCUCUCUGUGCAUGUGAAGGAGACCACACAGUCCAGCCCUGGGCAGCCGCUCAAGAAAGAAACCCGUCUAGCUUUUGCGAUUUAGUAGAGUAGCUCAACUCCACAGCUGGAUCGAGGCGGAAGUCCCGCCCCGGGCUCCAGGCUCCGCCCCGCCUCUGUCUAGCCCUACGCCCUGAUUGUUGAGCUUUCCGUUAGGUCUUCAGUCUCAGGCAAGUCCCUACUUCGUGAGCACUUCUGUGCUACGAGUCCAACCCGGCCUGUCUCCGAGCCGCUGUCCAGUAGGCGGACUCCGCUUUCUAGGAGCCCGGCCCCCAGAAGCCGGACCCCAUUGGUCCCGGACUCCCACAUCCUACAGCCUAACCCGUCCCUACAUCCAGCUCUGCUCCCCAAAACCAGCCUCCACCAAAAUCCUAAACUUGGUGGAUCCCCGGUGAGCCCCACCCCCAAGACCCUGAGUCACACCCUCCUAAAACGGUUGGACCCCGCCUUUCAGGAGCCACGCCUCCAGAAGCUGGACCUGUGGGUGGGAUCCCGAAGUGCACAACGGCCUGACCCGCUCCCCUACGAGCCCCGCCCACGAGCCCCGCCCCCUAGGGCCUGGGCCCCGCCCUACAAUGACUGGGUCCCGCCCCCCCAGGAGUCGGAGCUCCGCUCUUAGGGGCCGGACCCUGCCCCUCCCGGAGCCCCGCCCCCGGCCCGGCGACGGCGGUGACCGUUGAUGCUUUCGGCGGGCGCCCGGCGGGAGCAAGCGGCGGCCCGGGUAACAUUUCAAGACAAAAAGCCCAGUAGCAUCGUGCAUUCCUUGAGACAUGGAGUCUAUGGAAUAGUGGGACAUGCGACCAGCCUUGACAGUACACCACGAUGUACAGGGCUGGGGAGCCAGGGAAGCGGCAGUCUGGCCCUGCGCCCCCUCGGGUGCGGAGUGUGGAAGUGGCCCGAGGCAGAGCUGGCUACGGCUUCACCCUGUCAGGACAGGCACCCUGUGUGCUCAGCUGCGUCAUGAGGGGCAGCCCUGCAGAUUUCGUGGGCCUCCGGGCUGGGGACCAGAUACUUGCCAUCAACGAAAUCAAUGUGAAGAAAGCCUCACAUGAAGAUGUGGUGAAACUCAUCGGGAAAUGCUCUGGAGUGCUGCGCAUGGUGAUCUCCGAGGGCAGCAGCCAUGUGGAGCCCUCUUCCAGCGAUGAAGAAGGCGGCCUGUGUGAGGGGAAAGGCUGGCUGAGGCCGAAACUUGACUCUAAGGCUUUGGGUAUAAACAGGGCAGAGAGGGUUGUGGAAGAGGUGCAGUCUGGUGGGAUUUUCAACAUGAUCUUUGAAAGCCCAAGUCUUUGUGCCAGUGGCUCUGAGCCCCUGAAACUGAAGCAGAGGUCCUUGUCAGAGUCAGCUGCUUUGCGGCUUGAUGUUGGCCAGGACAGUCUCUGUACACCACAUCCCAGCAUGCUUUCCAAGGAAGAGAUAUCAAAGGUUAUCAAUGACGAUUCUGUGUUCACUGUAGGGCUGGACAAUCACGAUGACUUUGGACUAGAUGCAAGUAUUUUAAAUGUUGCCAUGGUUGUGGGCUAUUUGGGCUCCAUCGAGCUCCCUUCCACAAGUUCCAACCUGGAGCAUGACAGUUUACAGGCUAUUCGUGGCUGCAUGCGCCGCCUGCGGGCUGAGCAGAAGAUCCACUCACUAGUGACCAUGAAGGUCAUGCACGACUGUGUGCAGCUGGUCACUGACAGGGCUGGUGUGGUGGCAGAGUACCCUGCCGAGAAGCUGGCGUUCAGUGCAGUGUGCCCAGACGACAGGCGGUUCUUCGGGCUGGUGACCAUGCAGACCAAUGAUGAUGGGUGCUUGGCACAGGAAGAUGAAGGUGCCCUGAGGACAUCCUGCCAUGUCUUCAUGGUGGACCCAGACUUAUUUCAUCACAAGAUCCACCAAGGCAUCGCGAGAAGAUUUGGAUUUGCAUGCACGGCAGAUCCAGACACGAGUGGCUGUUUGGAAUUCCCAGCAUCUUCCCUCCCUGUGCUUCAGUUCAUCUCCGUUCUGUACCGAGACAUGGGUGAACUGAUUGAGGGUGUGCGGGCCCGUGCCUUUCUAGAUGGGGAUGCCGAUGCCCACCAGAAUAAUAGCACCAGCAGCAACAGUGACAGCGGCAUUGGCAAUUUCAACCAGGAAGAGAAGAGCAACAGGGUGCUUGUAGUUGACCUGGGUGGGGGCUCGAGCAGGCAUGGCCAGGGCAGUAGUCCGGGGUGGGAGAGUGUAAGUGGAAGAGGCUCACAGCCUUGGAGUGCACCCUGGAAUGGAACUUUCUGCCACGACUCAGAGGCGGGCUCCCCACUGGAAACCAGCCCCAACACUGACAGGUUCUGGGACUUAACAAAGCAUUCAGGGCCUGUUUUUCACAUGGAGGUCCCUCCAGCCACCUUGAGGAGUUCUAUACCCCCUUCCAAGAGGGGUGCUACAGGUUCCAGCUGUGGUUUCAACCAGAGGUGGCUCCCUGUCCAUGUGCUACAAGAGUGGCAGUGUGGACAUGCCAGUGACCAGGAGUCUUACACAGACUCUACGGACGGGUGGUCCAGUGUGAACUGUGGCACACUGCCCCCUCCCAUGAGCAAGAUUCCUGCAGACCGAUACCGGGUGGAGGGCAGCUUUGCUCAGGCCCCACUGAGUACCCAGAAGAGGGACUGGUCUCGGAAGGCUUUCGGAAUGCAAAACCUAUUUGGACCCCAUCGAAAUGUUAGAAAGACCAAAGAGGACAAAAAGAGUUCCAAAUUGGGGCGGGGAGUUGCCCUGGCCCAGACUUCUCAGCGCACUUCAGCUCGCAGAUCCUUUGGACGAUCUAGGAGAUUCAGCCUCACGCGCUCCCUUGAUGAUCUCGAGUCUGCAACUGUGUCUGAUGGUGAGUUGACGGGAGCUGACCUGAAGGACUGCAUCAGCAACAACAGCCUGAGCAGCAAUGCCAGCCUCCCCAGUGUGCAGAGCUGCCGGCGCCUAAGAGAGAGGAGAGUUGCAAGCUGGGCAGUGUCAUUUGAGCGUCUGCUGCAGGAUCCUGUCGGCGUCCGCUACUUCUCCGAUUUUCUACGGAAGGAAUUCAGUGAAGAGAACAUUUUAUUCUGGCAGGCCUGUGAAUGUUUCAGUCAUGUCCCUGCACAUGACAAAAAAGAGCUCUCUUACAGGGCCCGGGAGAUUUUCAGUAAAUUCCUGUGCAGCAAAGCCACCACUCCUGUCAACAUUGACAGCCAGGCCCAGCUGGCAGACGAUAUUCUCAAUGCACCCCACCCCGACAUGUUCAAGGAACAGCAGCUCCAGAUUUUCAACCUGAUGAAGUUUGACAGCUAUACUCGAUUUCUGAAAUCCCAGCUGUACCAAGAAUGCGUCCUGGCAGAGGUGGAGGGGCGUACCCUCCCGGACUCCCAGCAGGUCCCCAGCAGCCCAGCUUCCAAGCACAGCAUCAGCUCUGACCACUCCAAUGUAUCCACACCGAAAAAGUUAAGUGGAAAAUCAAAAUCAGGACGAUCCCUGAAUGAAGAUGUUGGGGAAGAGGAUAGUGAGAAAAAGCGCAAAGGGGCCUUUUUCUCUUGGUCAAGGAGCAGGAGCACGGGGCGAUCCCAGAAGAAGAAGGACCAUGGUGAUCAUGCCCAUGAUGCCCUUCAUGCCAAUGGAGGACUCUGCCGUCGGGAGUCCCAAGGCUCUGUCUCUUCUGCGGGGAGCCUAGACCUGUCAGAGGCCUGUAGGACCUCAGCACUCGAGAGAGAUAAGGCUGCCAAACACUGCUGUGUCCACCUCCCAGACGGGACAUCCUGUGUGGUUGCUGUCAAGUCCGGGUUUUCCAUCAAAGAGAUCCUGUCUGGAUUGUGUGAACGGCAUGGCAUCAAUGGGGCUGCUGUGGACCUCUUCCUGGUGGGCGGAGACAAGCCUCUGGUGCUGCAUCAGGACAGCAGCAUCCUGGCCACCAGGGACCUACGGUUGGAAAAGCGUACUUUGUUUCGGCUGGAUCUCGUUCCAAUUAACCGGUCAGUGGGACUCAAGGCCAAGCCCACCAAGCCAGUCACGGAAGUGUUGCGGCCCGUGGUGGCCAAGUACGGCCUGGAUCUGGGUAGCCUGCUGGUGAGGCUGAGUGGGGAGAAGGAGCCCCUGGACCUUGGUGCCCCUAUAUCAAGUCUGGAUGGACAGCGGGUCAUCCUAGAGGAGAGGGAUCCUUCUAGAGGGAAAGUGUCCACAGAGAAACAGAAAGGUGCUCCUGUCAAACAAAGCUCAGCUGUGAACUCCAGCCCCAGAAACCACUCGGCUAUGAGUUUUUUGAGCUCAUUUCCAAAGCUCAGAGCAACAGAGCCGAUGACCAGCGUGGGCUGCUAAGAAAGGAAGACCUGGUACUGCCUGAGUUUCUUCGCUUACCUCCUGGUUCCUCAGAACUUGCCCUGUCCAGCCCACCCCCAGUCAAGGGCUUUAGCAAGAGAGCGGUUACAAGCCAUGGCCAGGAGGGAGCAGUUCAGACAGAGGAGAGCUACAGCGACAGCCCAGCUACCAGCCCUGCCUCAGCCCAGAGCCCCUGCUCAGCCUACAGCCCUGGCUCCGCCCACAGCCCCGGCUCUGCCCACAGCCCUGGCUCCGCCCACAGCACCCCUGGGCCUCCUGGGACCGCCCAACCUGGAGAGAAGCCUACAAAGCCCUCCUGCAUCUCCACAGUUCAAGAGGGCACUACACAGGCCUGGAGGAGGCUAUCACCAGAACUGGAGGCUGGGGGCAUCCAGACUGUGGAGGAGGAGCAGGUGGCUGACCUGACCCUGAUGGGGGAGGGGGACAUCAGCAGCCCCAACAGCACGCUGCUACCACCACCACCCCUUCCCCAAGACACACCAGGACCUACAAGACCAGGUACCUCCAGGUUCUGACUCUACACCCUUGAUCUGUCCUGCUGACUGCCCAUGGCCUGCUCCACCUCAUGUUAAUAAAGGGAACACUGAGCAGGCAGCCCUGCUUUACUUCUGUGCUUUGACAUGUCCUGAGAGACAGCCUCCUUCUCUCAUAUUUAUGGGGCCUCCUUUGCCUUUUCUGAAAGGAAAGCAGGUGGCAGCCAAGGCUCAGUGUCCCAGGGAGAGGGUCACUGAGGCUCAGAUAGACAGACCACGUUGAGCUGGUCCUGUGAAGGUGCCAUGGGAAUGGUGACCCACAUCCAGUGACUCCUUGUGAAGGCUUGGGUCUCUGAGUGUGGAUCUCACCUUUAAAACCUGCUUGCUGCCACUUUAGUGUUUUAGACUCAAGAUGGAAAGAGAAAAUAGUAUUUGUUUUGAGCAAAUCAGCAAGGGUCCCAUGCUGACAAGGAUCAGGCUGUCAGGGUCAGCCUCUCUCUCCAGCCAGGACUUGCUGACUGCCCUCCAUAGGCAAGCCUUGCACUUGCACUAGGCAGUGUUCACCGACUGGCCUCAACAGUGUCCAGGCAUUUCUCUUAGUGGAAGCAUGAAGUCCAGUGUGUGUGGAUGCGAGCAGUGUGAGCGAGUGGUAGGGAUGCUACUCUCGUCCCACCUAAGACACUCCCUAUCCCACACGGGUGACAGGGCUCCCGCGUGCUCAGUGUCCUCACAGUGACAGUGAUGAGCCUUUCAGUGCAUGCUGCCUGUUGUUCCUGUCUAGGCCUUGGCUGUGAUAUGCAGCAGGCAAUGUGGGUGCUCUGGGUCCUGCUUCCUGGGCCUGGCGGUGUCGGGCCUCAUGCAUGUUUCAUGUACUCUCACACACCAUGGGCUGGACUUCACAGCCCCACCCGUGGGGAUACACUCGAUGAGGAGGCACAGGCACCAUGAAGCGGCCCUGCGUGCAUGCUUGGGCACCUCUGUCAGGCCACACCCUCCUUUCUGCUCCUUUGUAGCUGCCUGUUUACAGUUCUAUCUGUGUUCUGACUCUGUUCUUCCAAGAGAAAUAAACUCUAGAGCUCAUCA